AUGAAUCCCAUUUAUAAGGGACCAAUCCCAGCUUCCACAGCUUCACGCUCGAAACUAGAUACCUUCCGAUACAAAAGUGAUAACGAUAAUGGUACUGAAGUACCGAUCAUGAGGACAUCCCCACAAAAGGGCUAUCCAAACAAAGAGAACCAGGCAUCCUGGUUAAAUGGGGUGGUGGAACAAGAAGAAUCGAAGCAGAAUGGCCAACAACAAUCACAAGGGAUUGCAGAGAGCAAACCCAUCAAAGAUUGCCCGCAGACUCCUGGUAAUAGGUUGCCUUUGGCAGACCUUAUCGGCAAUGCAGAGGAUGCUUUUAGCCGGGCGCCUGUAGGGCAAGAAUUUACGCCAGAAGACUACGUUAUUUGGCAACAUGCUCUUCCUAGCUCGAAUCCAAGCACUCAAACACCCGCAACGCAAGGCAAAAAGCGCCGCCAUAGCGUAUCUCCAAGCAGCUCUCCGUUAGCCAGUUCCAAGGGUGCCCGAAAGGGAUCGUUUGACAUGCAGUCUUUCCAGGCUUUGCUCAAGACGCCACAGAAUGACCUCGCAGCAGAUCUUUGGAAUAAUUAUGUAGCCAAAACAGGUACACACGUUCCAGAUCUUCAACAGCCACGCUUUGCAAACCUUCUAUCGUCCUCUCCGCAUACACCCGGAUCGGCAAAGGCAGGUCAGGACUCUUCAGGGUUAAGACGAUCAAUCAGCUGCAAUGCCGAGUGGCCUAGCUCUACGACGAAGAGGAGGAAAAUCGAAGAAGCUAGUCACCGAACAACAAAAGGCCGAACUAUAUUUUCACGAUCGAGAAGCAAUAUAAUGGUGCCAAAGGAUCUCAAAGCUUCCAACUUUAGCUCGCUGGUCAAGGAGAUGGAAAGGAGUCUUAAAAAGUCCCCUUCCAAGCAAGCGGGCGCCCCGAAGACUACUCCAACGACAAUACACAAUAAGACACGUCGAAGUCGAUCAGCAUCACCAUUGGAAACAAAAAUCACCAAACCCCCGGCCAGCAUGGAUGAGGAUAUGGUUGAUGCACCUGACGCUCCCACGAAUAAGAAGCCUUUACAAGAGUCAUCAUCCGAUUUCGGUGGCGAUGACUUGGACGAUGAGUUCCUUGGACUAGCAGAGGCUUCGAUGGAUCCCUUCGUGGAGUCCACUGGGAUAGUGGGCACGAAAGGAGUGCUUGGUACAGGACAAGGCUUAGCUUCAGAAGCAGAUGAUCAAUCUCCUGACAAAAACGAUCUUGAUUUACGUCCGCGGGCAGAUAAGGAAUCAUCGCACAAUACCGACUAUAAAUUUGACGUUGAUGAGUUUGACGACGAUUUUGAAGGAUUCGGGGAUAAUAUCGAUGAAAUCCUCGCGGGUUGUGAUCAAACCUCAGGCUACAAGGGCCCCGACGCAAUUCAACAACAAUCUCCAAUAUCAAAGCACCCGCCCCCGCACGAACGUACGGAAAUGCCGGUGGCGAUUGCAAAUGAUCUACAAAACGGAACGAAAGAACAGUUUACAACUUCCAGCGAUGAAUUCGACACCGAUGAGUUUGACAUGGACUGCUUUGAUCAGCCCAACUAUAGAAGUCGCAAAGCUAUCAAGCGUUACUUGAUUGUGGAUGUUGCUGAUUCUACCUAUACUACUCAGAAAGGGCGUCUACAGCCGGAGAAGGUUUGCUGCUGCUCGCCCUUACAAUGCCUUAUCCUGAACUGA